AUGCCUGCGGUGGAAACCACGAGUGCCCGAGGAAUGCAACAUGUUACUUAUGCUGAGCAGUGGGAGGUUCAUGAAUUUCUUGACAAAGCUCUGAAAGCCGAACAUCCGUGCGAUCUUUUGUCAGGUUGCGAGCCUGCGGCACUUGACAACAUUCAGUGGAUUGCCUGCGCCUCCAGCCACGAAGUUUGUUCCUUUAGGACUAAUGCCUUGAAAGCGCUUCUUCAGUCUGAGGCUGAGCUCAGGAAAGAGGAAGAAAUCUUGCACCGAACAUUGCAUCCUGAAGUUGCACGUGUCUUGAAAGGCAAACGGCUGCUGCUCUUUCGUAAACUUGCCCAGGCCGCCGGUGUACAGGACGACGGCCUGUUUCAACAGAUUUGUGACGGAUUCAAAAUUUUAGGCUAUGCAGAGCCUUGCGGCCAAUUCCCAGUCUCUAUCAAGCCUGCCUCAAUGUCCGAGCAAGAGCUUAAGCAAGCAGCUCCUUGGAUUCGAGGCAUGGUCAAGAAACCUGGCACAGAUGACAGACAAGAGGCAGCCCAGACACUAUGGGAUGAGGCUCAUGAGCAAUCACUGGACGGCUCUGGAUGGCUGUACGGGCCUUACACAGAGAGUCAGUUGGAUGAACUCUUCCCGGAGGGGUGGGACAUCGACGUCGUUGCCCAAACUGCUCGCAAGUUCCUUGAUGCUGUGUUGCGGAGUGUGCGAUCCGGCGGCAGGCAAAUAGUGGGGCGGGCACUGGACUUAAAGUCAGCGUACAAACAACUUGCAUCAGUGCCAUGCGAUGCAUGGCCGAGCAUCCUGGCUGUGUGGGAUCCAAGCGAGCGCAAGUAUAAAUACUUCCGCUUUGCCACGCUGCCCUUUGGAGCGGUGCACUCCGUCACGGCCUUCAACAGAGUCGCCAGGGCUUUGCGUGCCAUUCUCUUGAAAAUUGUGAGGCUGGUUGUGACGAGCUUUUACGACGACUUUUGUCAACUCGAGCUGCAGGACCUUGCAGACUCAGCGCAGGGAACGGCACAAUUGGUCAUGCAACUGCUUGGGUGGCGCAUUGCGGAGGACCCAAAGAAGUGUCUGCCAUUUGCUAAGGUCUUCUCGAUGCUGGGAGCCAGCUUCUCUCUCACACGCGCGCCGGAAGGUGUGCUCGAGAUCUCCAACAAGGAGGGAAGGUUGCAGGCAUUGCGUACACUUGUGAACGCUGUGUGCGCCGAUGGCUUCGUACAGCCGGCUGAGUUGGCCAGCUUGAAAGGCAGGUUCAUGUAUGCCUCGACUCACACGUUCGGGCGGGUGGCUCUUAUGGCUGUCAAGUGCUUGUCACGCCACUUGACGUGUGGGGGUGUCAUGAAGUUGAGCGAUCAGGAUUGCACGCUCCUGCAGCAUACCGUUGAUCUUCUUGAAGACAUGAGGCCAAGAGAGAUCAAAGCCUCUUCGUGUGAGGUCCCGGUUGUAAUCUUCACAGAUGGAGCCCACGAGGAGCUGCAAGGCCUCACUUCGCAUGGCGCUGUACUGAUCGAUCGAGCAUCUGAUGCACGACUUUUCUUCGGAGAAAAGAUACCGGGCGACUUUGUGGCGGCUUGGAGCUCCUCGGGCAAGCGUCAGCUAGUGGGCCAAGCCGAGGUACUACCUGUGCUCGUGGCAAAGGUCGUCUGGGCUGACAGACUGAGGCAUCGCAAGGUAUUAUGGUUCAUGGACAACGAUUCGGCCAAAGCAGCGUUGGGCUCUGGCUCAUCCCCUGUCAUGGACAUGUAUGACCGCACAAACGUGGAUUGGACGACAGAAUGCUUGCAGUCGAUCCUUGCUACGUGUACGAGCCCUUCCCUCACAAGCUUGGCAGCAGGCGCCGCAACACCAGAGUUGUAA